UCAACAAUCAAACAUCAAAUAAAUCAAAUCACUAGCUAACUCAUCAGCCUAAAGACACAGAGAGCGCAAAAAGAACACAAAAGAAAUCAAAUGGCAGGAAGACUGAGUAAAGUAGCUUCAUCUAUGCUGGGCGGAAACGGCGUCGUUUCCCGGUCCGUCGGAAACUCCCUUCGUCAACGCGCCGGUAUGGGCCUUCCCGUCGGCAAACACAUCGUCCCCGACAAAUCGCUUUCAGUGAACGAUGAGCUUACAUGGGAUAACGGUACUUCAUUUCCCGAGCCUUGCAUCGAUCGCAUCGCCGACACUGUCGGAAAGUAUGAAGCAUUAGCUUGGUUGUGUGGAGGAUUGGGGUUUUUCGCUACACUUGGAUUAGCCGCUGUUUGGAAUGAUAAGGCCUCGAAAUACCCCUUUGCACCAAAGGUUUAUCCAUAUGACAAUUUAAGGGUAGAGCUCGGAGGAGAACCCUAGAUAUGUCUGCUCCAACCAAUGUAUUACAAAUGUUAUCCGGCUCGGUCAUCCAUUUACAAUUCAUUUCUUUUUAUAUCUGUGGGAUAGUUACAAUAAAGGUUUAACUUCCCUGUUGGUUUUAUCUCCAAGAUAAAUAUGGCUAUGCUUGGCAACUUUCCUGAUGAUAUGAUACUGUUUUCUUUUGCUCAGUGGCAUAUAAUAACUGCCCCAUUCUUGCUUAA